CAAAACCAGCACAAAUGACAUCGACGACGUCAUAGGCAAAUCGUCAUUUUCAUUACGUCAUAAUUUUCUGCGAAAAAUUAAUUUGCAUUUAUGCGUUAGAUAUUUGUGUACACGUGUGUUUGAUUUCGUUUGAAAGUUAAAAACAAAUGGAAUGGAUGCCGAACUUGAGGAUUUGGAAAGUAUCAUCUCAGACCACUUUGGUCGUACCCCGGCGAGUACACCCGUUUGUUUCCAGACAUUGGAGGCGAGUGACGAGAGCGACGUGGAUACAAGCAGCUACGCCGACAUCUGCCAAGGUCGUGUGAGGUCUAUGGUGAGUGAAAAUAUUGAUGCGAGUGAUGACAAUGAUAGCGACAACGAAGACGAUCAACUCGAUGGUCGAUCACUGUCAGAAGAUGAAAACCAUGUUCGCAACGUACCAAGCGCUGGUGUACAUGAACAAGGAGAGUGUGACCCUGAUUGGUUGGCUCUAGAGCAUUUCAUGAAGGGAUGUGGAUGUGACAGGUAUUGUCAAAAGAACUUCACACCAUCUUCGGUGUAUCAGUCCAUUUUAGACAUGCGUGAGAAGAGUAAAGAUGAAAAAGAAAUGUUUCUUAUGGGAAUUUUAAGUAAUUGUUUGGAUACCUCUUCUAGCACUAAGAGAGGGAAGAAACAUUUCCUCGUGCGCACACACUUUGCAAUUAAUGGUGCUUCAGUGUGUAAGGAAACUUUUCAGCUGUUUUUUGACGUUAAACGUGCUGUUCUAUAAGCACUGAUACAGACAGUAAAUCAGGGCGGCUGUACACUGAGAACGCACCGGAACAGAGGGCGAAGAAAUCGGACUGCCAUACCCAGCAGCCCCAAUGGGAAAAGACUAUAUUUCAAUCGUCUUCCUUCCAUCAAGCACAACAAAGUUGCAUUUACAUGCGCAAUAUAGCUCUGCUUGUGAAGAGAGAAAUGUGCGGUUCGUGAAAAUUUCGGCAUUCAAAAGCACCAGGUUGCACUGCGUUCCGCACAUUAAAAUUGCAAAACCAAGAGAGGACGUUUGAGGCACCUGCAAGCGACUUCGAAGGGACAUCGUCGGCGCUGUGACAGAAGAUGAGAAGCUACAUGCACUGACAGCAAUGGAGACGCACAUCACUGACGCUCGCAAGGUUGUUAUUUGUAAUACAACUUAAUUAAUUGUGAGCCUACACAUAUAAGUAAUAAUUUAAUGUUUUAUUCUCAUCUUUUACUGGUGUAAUUAUAAUUUUCAGUGAUAACACGAAUACCAAUACGAUAAUAGGUGUUGAUAAAAAUGCAUGCUUGUAUUUUACAGGAAAGAAACGUGUACUUAAACAGAUGGCCGUUUCUGACCCUGUGCAAUAUUGCCACUUCAUGUUUGACUUUAGUCAAAGUGUAAGUUUACCACACUACGUCAGACAGAUGGGCCAAAUAUAUUUUAUGACACUCAGAAAAGUGCAGAUCUUCGAUUUCCGCAAAAGUGGCGAUAAACAACUGAACUUUCUAAUCGACGAGAUGUGUUUCCUCUGCACGAACACGUCCAGUGCAGCUGCUCGCUCCUGGAUUAUCUGCAGCACGGCGUGACUACUUGCGUGAUAAUGUGCGAACUCUAUUGUCAGCUCGGGGUCAAGAAGGCUUCGCGUGUUUGACAGAAUGUGACAUGUUUACUGUUUUAACUGUGCUAAGGGUUGAUGUAACCAGUUAUUGUUACUGUAUAAUGGAUUCUGUACGUUUGUUUGUAUAACACAAAUAUAUCAACAUUCCGAUUUCAUUUAAAUUAUCCAACAAA